AUGCCUAAAAGGAAAAAUACAUGUAUAGUUCUUGCUGAAGACUGUGCCGGGUUAGGGCCACUUCAUGAGAGCUGCAAGCUAGCAAAUGUCAAUGCCCGCUACCUCUAUGUCUCUGAGAGUGACCCCAAACUUUUGCAACGAUUGGUGAAGAUCUGCAAGCCGAAGUUCGUUUCCAAAGAUGCAACCAAAUCCCAGAAAGCAAAGGGCGAAAGCGCAUACACUUGUUUGGUGCUGGAUGCCCUUGUCAACCUUACAGCAGUAUGGGCAAGAAACUGGGCCAUAAGGCUCAAGAGCAAUGGGUACUACAAUGUUUCUUGGAAGGUGCUUGACUCUCGUCAGAUAGGAGGCCUCCCGCAACGUCGGCAGCGUCUUUGGAUCAUCGGCGUGAGGAAGGAUGUUGGCAAGUUCAAAUGGCCUAAGCCGCUUCGUGGAUGGCGGGACAUCAAGCUAUCAAACUUUUUGGGAAGGAAAAACUUGGAUUAUGAGUUCCCGACAUCAAGAAGCGGCAAGAAGCGUUUGGUGGCUGGUAUUGAAACAUUGGUUCAAGAUGGUCAUUCUUUGGAUGACACGUGGGUCAUUGAUACUGGUGCUAGUGAACAGUUUUCUGGCCAUCCCGCUCAUGAACUGUGCCCAUGCCUUACUCGAACGCGUGGUGGAUGUCCAUCAUUUUGGAUCACCAGUCACAAGCGAUUCUUGAAUCUACGGGAGAAAGCAAUUGUCAUGGGCUGGGAUCCAUCUACUUUGAUGCCUGAGAGCCUUUCAAGCUGUGAACUGGGACAAGCGUUAAGAAAUGCAUGGCCCCUGACUGUUAGCGCGAGGCUUGUUGGACAAUUGAAACGCCUGUUCAAAUGGAACUAG